AUGGUUUCGUUUACUGUUUGUAGUAUUCACUAACUAGGUCUUUGAAACUGAAGCACCGGAGCACUUAACACCACACCGGGGGUAUCGACUUGGGUGGAAUGAAAUAUGUCACUAAUGUGAGGGUAUUUUUUCUAGUUUGUAGAGAUGAUCUACGAGCUACAAGGUACGAAUAUCGAUUGGGAGUACAAGGCGCUACGUUCCAGGCGUCACAGUUUAACAAGUGCUGAAGGAGUUCGUUGGCCUAGAGGUCUUGCACUUGGAGGAUCUGGAACGAUUGGAAUGAUGAAGUAUGAACGUGGGAAUCGAAGAAAUUACGAAGUCUGGAAACAGCUUGGGAACAAAGGAUGGGGCUGGAAAGAUGUAGCACCGUAUUUUAAAAAAUCAAUUAGGCGAUCUACAACUGGAUUCCUAAAUGUCGACAACUAUGAAGCUCGAGAUCCUAUAAACGGGUUGAUGAUAGCAGCGGCUGAAGAAGUAGGGUUUGAACAUUUGAAUAAUUUGAAUGCAGCGCAAAAUUUAGGAAUAGGAUGGACCAAGUUUAUGGUUGAAAAUGGCACUCGUUGCAGUCCCGCUAAAGCAUUUCUUAAUCCAGUAGGUCAUCGGAAUAACUUGCACGUAAUAAAACAUGCUUUCGCCACUUCGAUCUCCUUCAUGAAAGACGACGGUCCCACCGCACAAGGAGUAAACUUCAUACUGAGGAAUAAGCAUAACUUGCGAGCAAUAGCUAGAAGAGAGAUAGUUCUGUCGGCAGGUGCAGUGAAUACUCCCAAAUUACUGUUGCUUUCCGGAAUCGGACGAAUGGCGGAUUUAGCGCCAUUGAAUAUAAUUCAGCGAGCUGAGCUUAGCGUAGGAUACAAUUUACAGGACCAUGUUGCCAUUCCACUUUUCUACAAAUUCCGAAAAUCGUCCAAAAGAACCGUCAAUCUCAACUUGGAAAAGGUGCUGAAUCUUUUCAACUUUUCGCUGAAAAAUCGUACCCAACAGUUGACAAAUCAUCAUAUGGGAGGUCUCACGCUGAAUAUCAAUACAUUGAACGCAUCAGAAUCGUUUCCCGAUGCACAAGUGACGUAUCAACUGUUCAAAAAAGGCGGAUUUACUUCGUCUACUGUCUUGCGAAAAAUAGGCUACGAUUUGCAACUGGUGAGAUCAGUACAUCAAGCCGAGCUGGAGGCUGACGUCGUAAUGGCAAUGGUUAGCAUCCUCGAACCUAGAUCAAGAGGAACGAUUAAAAUAGUCGCCGCCGAUCCGUACAGAGAUCCCGCAAUAAAGACGGCGUACUUUAGCGACUAUGAUGAUCUGAAAACGAUGAUCCGUGCAAUUAGAAUACACCAGCAAAUGCUCACUACAAACGCAUUUCUCAACAACGGCGCUCAGCUUCAUCGAGUGAACAUUCCAGCUUGCGCAUUCAUUCUGCACGAUUCCGACGAAUACUGGGAGUGCUACAUUCGGCACUUAUCCACUAGCAUGUAUCAUCCAGCGGGAACAGCCAAAAUGGGACCUGACGACGAACCGGAUGCUGUGGUGGAUGAGAGAUUGCGAGUUAGAAACGUGCGAAAUUUACGAAUUGUGGAUGCGAGUAUAAUGCCCGAAAUUGUCAGUGCUGGUUUAAUGGCGCCAACGAUAAUGAUUGGCGAAAAAGGAGCCGACAUGUUGAAGGAGGACAACUUGGAGUGAGCGCAGUACGUGAGGCAGUUUGAAACAUUGCACACUCAAGAGCACACUAGUUUAAUUCCGACCAUGGGUGGCAGCAAACAUGGAGCACUUUAUAGCAAAUACUGCAUUUGAAAACGCACCUAAUCAUUGGAAAAUCGUUGUAGAUUGUCGGAUUAGGG